AUGUUGUCAGUAUAUUCCCGUAUUGGAUUAAACGCAUCCAAACCAUUAUUAUUCAGACCAGCUUUAAUUCGUGGUUUUAAAACCAUCCCACAACCUCCGGGAUUUAUCGUUGGUACUGUCAAUGAUGCUUAUGUUCCACCACCUCCACAUAAAUUAGAAGGUUCUUUACAUUGGACCUCUGAAAGAAUUGUUACUAUUGGUAUGCUUCCAUUAGUCUUAUCUCCAUUGAUCACUGGUGGUUCUACUAUGAUUGAUUCUUCUAUGUCUGCUUUAUUAUUAUAUCAUUGUUUUGCUGGUUUCCAAUCAUGUAUUAUAGAUUAUAUUCCAAAGAGAGUUUACGGUGUUUAUCAUACCUAUGCUAUGUACCUCUUGACUCUUGGUACUGGUCUUGCUGGUUAUGGUGUUUAUCAAAUUGAAACUAAGGAAGGUGGUGUUUCUCAAAUUAUUAGUAAAUUGUGGAAGGAAAAGGUUUAG